AUGUCAUCUUCUUGUCUAAGUGGUGGCAGAGCAGCUGCAUACAGACUCGAAUCACUCAACCUGGACAUGAUAAAAUCACCAUCUUCAACCUCUUGGAUCUCAAACUCAUCUUCCCCUUCCUCCACACUCUCCGAAUCCAGCAACUGCCCGUUAACCAUCUCGACCCGAAAGCCCAGAACACCCCGAAAACGGCCCAACCAAACUUACAACGAGGCCGCAGCCAUUCUCUCCACGGCCCACCCCAAAUUGUUUCCCAAAAAGCCCAGCAAGCUCACCAAAUCAAUCCACAACAAAGAUCUCACUAUCCGACCCGACCCGCCCGAUUUGCUCAUGCCCUUUCGGGCCAUUGAUCAUGAGUCGGGCUUUUUGCUGCGGGACACUCAAAGGCCCGAUUUUUCGUACAAGCUGAACAGGGGAUUGUGCCCGUUCGAUAGAAUUUGUCAGAGCCCCGGAGAAAUUGAAUCGAAUGUCGGUGGAUUGGAGGAUUUUGACGCGGAGUCGAUUAUUCUUGAUGAGGAGAUUGGGGAAGGGAUUAAUUGCAUCAUGGGGGAUUUGGGGGAAGGGAUUGAGUUGAUUGAGGGUUUUGAUGUUUGUAGUGAGAGCAAUAAUAAUAAUAAUAGUGAUAGUUACAGUAUUUACUCUAAUGGCGGAUUCUGUUAUGGGUAUCCGGUGGGGCUGGGGUUCGGGUUUGGGUUCGGGCCGGGCGGGGUGAGGAAGGAGAGGAGGGAUGUCGAUGAUGGGGGAGGGGAAGAUUGGUGGAGGUUCCCGAGCGUGAGCGCGCCGGAACCGAAUUCGACGGUGGCGGCGGCGGCGGCGGGGAGAGGUGUUCUGGAGGAGAAGAAGAAAAAGAAGAAGAAAGUGGCGGAGAUUAGGGAUAAUACGGUGGCGGAGGAGGCGGAGGAGGAUGGGGUCGGGCCGCGGUGGAGUGGGGCCGGGCUGAUGCUGAAGCUGAACUAUGAUGGUGUGCUGAGAGAGUGGUCAGACAAGGCUUCGCCGUUCACCGGCGAGGGUCCGGCGGCGGAGGCGGUCGCCGGAAAUGAUGUGCAGGCAAGAUUGGCACAAAUAGACCUGUUUUCGGAUAAUGGAGGGAUUAGAGAGGCUAGCGUGCUGCGUUACAAGGAGAAAAGGCGCAAUCGCCUGUUUUCCAAGAAGAUUAGAUAUCAGGUCCGCAAGGUCAAUGCUGAUAGACGACCCCGGAUGAAGGGACGAUUUGUUAGAACACCAAAUUCCUCCGAUGAUUGAAGACGAUGCGCGAACAGACCAACUAGCUAGCUUCCUCUUCCUCUUUUUUUGUAGUUUACAUCUUGAGUUUUAGUUUCUUUUGAAUUCAUAGAUUUUCUUACACUGAUAUAAUGUUUUCAGGAAGGUGUAGACUAGCCAUGCUAAGAGUUGAAACAAAUAUUUUGGACUCCUUUUUCUAGAGGCUUAAAUUGAUAUUUCAUUUAAGUGUCCCCCGUUAUUGGUUUAUGCAUUAGAGAUCCAUGUUUGCUUAUGCUAAGAAAUUUGAACUUUAACCUACCACCAAAAUCAUCUAAAAAAUUGAUUUUGUACCAAUUUUAUGGUUUCAUUUUUCGUAAGUUGAGAACUCAAAACCAUUUUAAG